AUGGAGGCCUCUCGUGGUCCUCCCCGGGUCAAGAACAAGGCCGCCGCGCCGGUUCAGAUCUCUGCAGAGCAAUUGCUCCGCGAGGCCGUUGACCGACAAGAGCCUGGCCUUGAGGCACCGACACAGCGCUUUGCCGAUCUUGAAGAAUUACACGAGUAUCAGGGUCGGAAAAGAAAGGACUUCGAAGACUAUGUGCGCCGUAACCGCAUUAACAUGAACAAUUGGAUGCGCUAUGCCGCAUGGGAACUCGAACAAAAGGAAUUCCGUCGAGCGCGAUCCAUCUUCGAGCGCGCGCUCGACGUUGAUCCAACCUCGGUGGUGCUCUGGAUUCGCUACAUCGAAGCUGAGAUGAAGACACGGAAUAUUAACCACGCCCGAAACCUCCUCGACCGCGCCGUGACUAUCCUCCCCCGCAUCGACAAGCUCUGGUAUAAGUAUGUCUACAUGGAGGAGACACUGGGCAAUAUUCCCGGUACCCGUCAAGUGUUUGAGCGAUGGAUGUCAUGGGAGCCCGAAGAGGGUGCGUGGAGCGCAUACAUCAAGAUGGAAAAGAGAUAUGGCGAAUUCGAACGGGCACGCAGUAUUUUCCAGCGGUUUACUGUCGUUCACCCCGAACCCCGAAAUUGGAUCAAAUGGGCCCGCUUCGAGGAGGAGUACGGGACAAGCGACUUGGUUCGCGAGGUCUAUGGUGUGGCUAUUGAAACGUUAGGAGAAGACUUCAUGGACGAGAAGCUCUUUUCCGCUUAUGCCAAAUUCGAGGCCAAGUUGAAGGAGUACGAGCGCGCACGAGCGAUUUACAAGUAUGCUCUAGACCGACUUCCUCGAUCCAAGUCUAUGGGCCUUCACAAAGCCUACACGACCUUUGAAAAACAGUUCGGUGAUCGUGAAGGUGUGGAGAAUGUCAUUCUGUCCAAGCGCAGAGUGCAGUAUGAAGAGCAGCUCAAGGAGAACCCUCGCAACUAUGACAUCUGGUUCGACUUUGCACGAUUGGAGGAGCUUUCAGGUGACCCAGACCGGGUGCGGGACAUCUACGAACGGGCCAUUGCACAAAUUCCUCCAUCACAAGAGAAAAGACACUGGCGCCGCUACAUCUAUCUCUGGAUCUUUUACGCCGUAUGGGAAGAAAUGGAAGCGAAGGAGAUGGAACGCGCCGGACAAAUCUAUCAGGAAUGUCUGAAAAUCAUCCCGCACAAGAAAUUCACAUUUGCCAAAGUCUGGCUCAUGAAGGCACAGUUUGAGAUUCGCCAAAUGCAGCUACAAGCAGCCCGGAAGACCCUGGGUCAGGCGAUCGGAAUGUGUCCGAAGGACAAAAUUUUCCGUGGCUAUAUCGACAUUGAACGCCGGUUGUUCGAGUUCGGGCGAUGCCGUACUUUGCUCCAGAAGCAAAUCGAAUGGAACCCCUCCAACAGCCAAUCGUGGCUGCAGUUUGGAGAGCUGGAGCAAGGUCUGGAUGACGCGGAACGAGCGAGAGCUAUUUACGAGCUUGGAGUCGAGCAGCCGACACUUGACAUGCCCGAGCUUGUGUGGAAAGCGUACAUCGACUUCGAAGAAGAGGAAUGCGAGUAUGAGCGGGUCCGACAAUUGUACGAACGUCUCCUCCAAAAGACCGACCACGUCAAGGUAUGGCUUAACUACGCUCGCUUCGAGGCCUCUGUGCCGAGCGAGGAAGAGGAAGAGGAAGGUAUCAGCGCAGACGCAGUGGUUCGCACGCGUGCUGUCUUCACUCGGGGACACAAGGCGCUCAAGGACAAGGAUCUCAAGGAUGAUCGUGUGGCACUCCUCGAAAGUUGGCAAGCCUUCGAACACUCCAGUGGAUCGCCCGAGGAUAUCGAAAAUAUCGAAAAACAGAUGCCCCGACGUGUUACGAAACGCCGCAAGUUGGAGGACGACAAGUACGAGGAGUACACGGACUAUGUGUUCCCUGCAGACGACAAAUCUGCUGCCAAUCUUUCUCGUCUGCUCCAAAAGGCACACCAAUGGAAGCAGACACAAUCCUAG